GCACAGUCCCCUUAAUGGCGAGGAGGAGGAGGGCGUCGGACCGGAUGGAACGCGGAGACACCGGCGGAAUGUUCGCGCGGGAGGAAGAAUAAUCGGGUAGAACGUUGGUCGUCGCGACGUUCCAUUAUGGAACCUGCGCAGCAGCAGCAACAGAGCAGCAGCAGCAAAGAAGGAGAAGGCGGCGGUGGCGCGAGGAUGGCUACUCCGCAACAGCAGCAGCAGCAGCAGCAGCGGAGGAGGAGGAAGAGGGAGACAACCGCAACUACAGCAACCGCUGCAUCCUCCUCUUCUUCUCCUUCUCUCCCGCCGCCGCCUCCUCCUCCAUCGGCGCCCAAUGGCUCCCUCUUGGCUCGGAGGGGCCGCCUCAAGAGGAACCUCUCCUCCUCGGCUUCGCCGACUACUCCCCCGACGCCUUCCACUACUCUAGACCGCAAAGCGAUGCUGCUACUCCUCAUCCCCUCCGCAGCCACCGCCGCCAAGAAGGCCCCCCCGCCGCAGCCCUUGCAGCCCCCGGAGAGGGAGUGGGUCCGCAGGGACCCCAAACGGGGCUGCGUCCACGUCUACUACCACCACCGCCACCACACUACUACUAGUAGUAGCGGAGGAGUAAGAGGAGGUGGUGGAGGAGGAGGAGGAGGAGGAGGAGGGGGUGUGUUGCUACUCCCGGUGCUCUGCACCCUGGAGACCACGGCGGCCGAGGUGGCUUCGAGGCUGCUCCAGUUGGGGCCCAAGGAGACGGAGGAGGAGGAAGAGGAGGAGGAAGAAGAAGAGGAGCAGGAUUCGGCCUCGGAGCCCAGUCCCACGAGGAGGAGGCCUCGCCACCAUCAUCGCCACCGCCGCCGCCCUCACCGGCUCUACCUCUCUGGGCCUCCGCUCUCCUGCCCUUCCCUCCUCCUCCACAACGCAGAGCCCCUGGAGCCCUCGCCUUCGCCCUCCUCCUCUUCCUCCUCUUCCUCCUCCUCCUCCUCGGAGGAGCUGGAGCCAGAGGGUCCCCCGGACAUGCCCCCCAAGGCCCCCGAGGCAGCGCUGGCGGGGUCUGCGGAGGAGGCCCCCUCUGCCUCUCCCUCUCCCCCUCCGUCCCUCUACGUCCAGCUGCACGGGGAGAGCGCCCGCCGCCUCCUCCCCGAAGAGAAGCCCCUCCAGCUCCAGAACGACUACCUCUCCCAGCUGGGCUUCCGGGACCUUUGGCGGGUCCAGGAGGAGGGCAUGGACGCCGAGACAGGGGGGCUCAUCCGCUUCCACGCAGGAAAGCCCCACAGCAUUGGCAACUCUGAACGGAUUCAGCUCUCAGGAAUGUACAAUGUUAGAAAAGGGAAAAUGCAUUUGCCGGUCAACAGAUGGACAAGACGCCAAGUUAUCCUUUGUGGAACGUGCCUAAUUGUAUCAUCGGUGAAAGAAAGCCAGACUGGAAAGAUGCAUGUGCUUCCCUUAAUCGGUGGAAAGGUUGAAGAAGUUAAAAAGCACCAGCACUGUUUAGCAUUUAGCUCCUCUGGACCUCAGAGCCAGAGUUACUACAUCUGUUUUGACACAUUCACUGAAUAUUUACGAUGGCUUCGGCAAGCUUCAAAGAUUGCUUCACAACGAAUAAGCUCAGUGGAUCUCUCGUGUUGCAGCCUAGAGGAUCUGCCUGCCAAUCUCUUCUACAGCCAGGACCUAACUCAUCUUAAUUUGAAGCAGAACUUCCUGAGGUUGAACCCUAACUCAUCAACAUCCAAAGGACUUAAUGAGCUACAAAGGUUCAGCAAGCUGAGGAGCCUUAACCUUUCUAACAAUCACUUAGGAGAGUUCCCAUUGGCAGUUUGCAGCAUUCCAACCUUGACUGAGCUCAACGUGUCCUGCAAUGCACUCAGAAAUAUUCCAGCAGCCGUUGGUGAUAUGAACAAUUUACAGACCUUCUUGCUGGAUGGGAAUUUCCUCCAGAGCCUUCCUGUUGAGUUGGAAAGGAUGCAUCAGCUUAGCUAUUUGGGCCUUUCUUUCAAUGAAUUCACUGACAUUCCUGAAGUAUUGGAGAAGCUGUCUGCCAUGGAUAAACUUUGUAUGUCUGGAAAUUGCCUGGAGAUGCUCAACUUGCAAACAUUGAGGAGAAUGCCACACAUUAAACACAUAGACCUAAGGUUAAAUGUAAUCAGGAGGUUGGUGGCAGAUGAAGUUGACUUCCUACAUCAUGUGACCCAGCUUGACCUUCGGGACAAUAAAUUAGGCGAGUUUGAUGCCACUAUCUUCAAUAAUGUGGAAAUACUGCACUGUGAAAGAAAUCAGCUGGUGACCCUUAAAAUCAGCGGAUACCUCCUGAAAGCUCUCUACGCCACUGGAAAUGAACUUGUUCACCUUGAUGUGUAUCCGGUUCCAAAUUAUCUGACUUACAUGGAUGUUUCUAGAAACCACCUCGAGAGCCUUCCUGAGUGGGUUUGUGAUAGCAGAAAGCUGGAAGUGCUGGAUCUUAGCCACAAUCAAAUACGGGAACUGCCUGCCCGCUUGAGGUACCUGAAUGCUUCUGCCAACAAACUGGAAAUGUUGCCUCCAGCCACUCUUUCAGAAGAGACCUGCAGUAUUUUACAGGAACUGUAUUUGACCAACAAUCACCUCACGGAUAAAUGUGUGCCGUUGUUAACGGGCCAUCCGCACCUGAAGAUCCUCCAUAUGGCAUACAAUCGUCUGCAAAGCUUUCCUGCAAGUAAAAUGGCUAAACUUGAAGAGUUGGAAGAAAUUGAUGUGAGUGGAAACAAGCUGAAAUCCAUUCCCACCACCAUCAUGAACUGUCGGCGAAUGCAUACUGUGAUUGCACACUCCAAUUGCAUUGAAGUCUUUCCGGAAGUCAUGCAGCUUGGCGAAAUCAAAUGCGUGGACUUGAGUUGUAAUGAGCUGACCGAAAUCACGUUGCCUGAGAACUUGCCUCCGAAGCUGCAGGAACUAGAUCUAACUGGAAACCCCAGACUUGUCUUGGACCACAAAACCCUGGAGCUAUUGAACAACAUUCGUUGUUUCAAGAUUGACCAGCCUUCAGCCGGGGAUGCCUCCGGAGCCCCAGCAGUAUGGAGCCAUGGUUAUACUGAAGCAUCAGGAGUUAAAAACAAGCUCUGUGUGGCAGCUCUUUCUGCCAAUAAUUUCUGUGAGAACAGGGAGGCUCUCUAUGGAGUUUUUGAUGGAGAUCGCAAUGUGGAAGUACCGUACCUUCUGCAGUGUACCAUGAGUGACAUCUUGGCAGAGGAGCUGCAGAAAACCAAGAGCGAAGAGGAAUACAUGAUCAACACAUUCAUUGUAAUGCAGAGGAAACUUGGAACUGCUGGACAGAAGCUUGGAGGCUCUGCUGUCCUUUGCCAUAUAAAACACGAUCCAAUAGAUCCUGGUGGAUGCUUCACCUUAACCUCUGCAAAUGUGGGGAAGUGCCAAUCCGUUCUCUGCAGGAACGGGAAACCUCUGCCUUUAUCCAGGUCUUACAUGAUGAACUGCGAAGAAGAACUAAGGAGGAUCAAACAGCAUAAGGCCAUUAUCACAGAAGAUGGCAAAGUGAACGGUGUGACAGAUUCGACAAGGAUCUUAGGAUACACCUUCCUUCACCCGAGCGUGGUACCUCGUCCCCACGUCCAGUCCAUUAUGUUGACUCCUCAGGAUGAAUUCUUCAUUCUGGGCAGCAAAGGCCUGUGGGACAGCCUCUCCAUUGAAGAGGCUGUGGAAGCUGUUAGGAAUGUACCUGAUGCUCUCGGAGCUGCGAAGAAACUCUGCACACUUGCUCAGAGUUAUGGGUGCAAUGAUAGCCUCAGUGCUGUGGUGGUGCAGCUCAAUGUAACUGAGGACAGCUUUUGCUGCUGUGAGCUAAAUGGCGCUCCUCCUCCCAGCCCAGGUAUCUUCCCCCAGUCUGUCAACGUUGUCAUUAAAGAUAAGCCUUCUGACGGUCUGGGGAUGCCUUCUUCCAGCAGUGGAAUGGCCUCUGAGAUUAGCAGUGAGAUUUCGACCUCCGAAAUGAGCAGCGAGGUGGGUUCCACAGCUUCUGAUGAGCCCCCUCAGGUGACCAUGAAUGAGAACAGCCCUGCCUACCCAAGCGAACAACGCUGCAUGCUCCAUCCGGUCUGCCUCUCCAACUCUUUCCAGCGGCAGCUUUCCAGUGCCACCUUCUCCAGCGCCUUCUCAGACAAUGGCCUUGACAGUGAUGACGAGGAGCCGAUUGAAGGUGUCUUUUCCAAUGGCAGCCGGGUGGAAGUAGAGGUGGACAUCCACUGUGGACGGGCAAAGGAGAAGCAACAGCUCCUGCUGCAGGCACCCACCGAUGAAGGCAUUGUCAUCAGUACCAACGAAGACGAGAUGUGCCUCCUCCGGAAGGCUGACCCUUUAGCCAUGGGCACCAUUGGGCGUCGCCGAGGCAAUGGUUCUGUGGCCCCUCAGGAGAGAAGCCACAACCUGAUUGAGGUAGCAGCGGAUGCACCGCUCAGAAAAACAGGGGGCUACUUUGCAGCCCCAGCACAGCCAGACCCAGAUGAUCAAUUCAUCAUCCCACCAGAGCUUGAGGAAGAAGUCAAGGAGAUCAUGAAACAGCAUCAUGAGCAGCAACAGCAGCAGCAGCAGCAGCAACAACAACAACGGCAAUACCAAAUGGACCAACUGCCAGAUUAUUACGAUACACCACUAUGACCGAGCUUCCCAAAACAAGGUGAAAAGACACUGCAAACUUGGAAGCUCCUUAGGUUUGUAUUACAUUAGCGGACUGGGACAGAAAGGAAGCCUUUGUUCUACUUUCUCUUCCAGACCCUUCCCUUCUACUGAGAACUGCAGCUGCUUCAUGUUUGUUAGCUGUAAUAAUCACUUUUUUUGCUUCACUGUUAGGAAUUUAACUAGUUUAACUCUUCCUCCUUCCUUAACAUAUCAAAUGUAAAAAAAAAGUGGAGAACAAAAUUAAAAUACAAAAUGUUUAAUAUAUUGCAGAGAAAACUGAUGAUGAUGUUGAUGUAAUAUUUUUUAAAAUUGUUCUUUUUUGGGGGUGGGGUUCUGUUUGGAAAACAGGGCAGUAUUGCCAGUGCUAAAUGAUUAAGUAAUAUUGUAAUACUGUAUUUCUUUGAGAGAAAAAAAAAGGCUUUUUUGGUCUUGAAAAUGGAUAGACAUUUGUAGAAUUAUGGAGACUAACUCCUAGGAGUUGCUUUUACUCUUUCAGGUGACUUUAAGUCACUGAGAUUCACUAAUUUUCUCUGAGAGAACAGCUGAUUGGGAAAUUCCUGUAAAUAACUCAGUGUUGUAUAGUGAUGCUUCAAAUGUUUUGUAGUCUCAGCAGGAGGACGCAACCUGACACUCUUAACAAUUUGUCUCUCACCCAACCUGGGUGCUUUCGCAUGUCUUAUCAGAGCUCCCUCCAGCAACCUGUGCUUCAACCAUACCCAGAGGGCAGGGAAGUCUUACAAACAUGAUGCUCUCCCCACAGGUUAGCUGAUUUGAAGUGUGCAGGGCCCUGGUUGGCUCAUUGUGUCUGUGCUGCCAUAUCCAGUUGCCAUCUGGGUUGGCUGGGCCCAAAUUACCACAGUUGUGUUUGUUCACGUGUGAAAUUGCCCCCAUGUGAUUGAUUCUUCAGGCUACGACCCACAUAAAAUUUGCAGGAAUGGCUGUACAGACUGUCUAGGAAGUAGAUGGAUAGUGGGCCACAAAUACCUGAGUUAAAUAUUUUUCUUUCUUUCUUUCCUUCUUCACCAUUAACUUUUCCAGGCACAUCUUUUGUGUGUUCCUCCCUGCUGCCACAACCAGCAUGAUUGUAUAGAGUUCAUUUACUGUAGAUCAUUUACAUACCAAGAGUUAUAUUAAAGAAGAAUGCACAAAUGAACAUGUCAUAAUUUUUGUUAUAAUAAAUAUAAAAAAUUUACAAAUACCUGCAGCCUACUGUU